AUGGCUCUGGUCGCCGGAGGUGUGCCCUUGGCGACCAUGCCAGUGAGACCGCGCAUCUGCACCCGCCCACGCGACGCAGCCUUGCGAAGAUGGCAAGGCUCUCUUCCGGUGCCGGUUGUGGCGCUGGCGGCGCGCAAGAAGGCUGGCAAGAAGGCUGGCAGCAAAAGGAUCCGGCCCCAGGGGCGUGCCCCGAAGGUGGAGGAGGCUCAGACGCCUGGAGUGGAGUCCUUCUUGAAGCGGAUCCGGAAGUGGGACACGGAGUUCCUGUGCAUCGGCAAAAGCGCAGGGGAGGUUUUCAACGUCCCCAAGCCUGAGGAGGUGCUGCCUCGCAUCACAGCGAACCUGGACUACUUCUGCGUGAACUAUGCGGUAUGCCUGGCGAUCUUCGCCCUCACCGCCAUCGUUGUUUAUCCUCAGCUCUUGGUCCUGGUUUGCGUCUUCUCCGGCCUGUGGUAUGGGCUGCUCACUCGGCCCAACCACCUCAGGGUUCAGGUGGCCAGCGCCUUGGUGACCAAGCGCCACAUGAUCUACGCCCUGGGGGCGCUGAACGGCUUGGUGGUCUUGGUCUUCUAUCGGAUGAUGAUCUUCGCGAUCAUCGGCGCCUCACUGCUCUUUGUCCUCAUCCAUGCGGGCUUGCACGCGGUGCCAGCGAAUGCAAAAGGCAAAGUGGAGGAGGAGCCGCAGGAGCAGGCAUAG